GAUUCUAGCCCAGACCUCCCAGACUCUGCGUCACCCAGGCUGGAGUGCAGUGUGUGUGAUCUUGGCUCACUUCACCCACUCACUGUGUCGCCCAGGCUGGAGUGCGGUGGUGUGAUCUUGGCUCACUGCAACCUCUGACUCCUCGGUUCAAGCGAUUCUACUGCUUCAGCCUCCCAAGUAGCUGGGACUACAGGCACACACCACCAUGCCCGGCUAAUUUUUGUAUUUUUUUGUAAAGAUGGGGUUUCACUAUGUUGGCCAGGCUGGUUUUGAACUCCUGACCUUGUGAGCCGUCUGCCUCAGCCCCCCCCCAAAAUGCUGGGAUUACAAGUAUGAGCCACCCCACCCGGCCUCCAAUUGCUUCCUUGACAUCUUUAUUUAGAGACUGCCUGUUCCAGGAGGGCAGACUAUGCUGAUCUUUCUCACUCCAUGUGCCCAGAAGAAGGCCCAACAUACAGCAGUCUCUAAUUUCAGGAGUCUGCCCUGGAGGUUCGUGAGCCCUGGCAUCCCAGAAUCUGAAUUGCUUCUCAGCAACAGUGGCUCUUCACCCUUCUAAGUGCAGAGGAGGAAGCCCCGCUCAUUCUGGGUGCACUUCCCACUAAGGAAAUAGGAGGAGGAAUUCUGAAGCCUUGUGGCUGCUUCAUGGAGCUCUGAACAAGUGCUUGGGAUGGAUCCAAACUCCAUCUUGCUUUCUCCGCAGCGCCAGAUCUGCUCCCACCUGGCAGAAGCCUGUAUGGAAGGUGAGAGAAGCUCAUCCCCUCCAGAGCUGGGUAGAGACCCCCAGUUUCCCUGGAGCCAGGUCUCCAGCCCUGCAGACCCCAACUGGUUUGGGGAUGAACACAUCCAGGCCAAGAGGGCCAGAGUGGAGACCAUCAUCCAAGGCAUGUGCCUCUCCCCGAAUCCUCUGGUGCCAGGCAGUAUACAAGCUGGGGACACCCCACACUGCCCAGAGAUGACCCGAGAGAGGAAUAGGAAGCAGAGCCUUCCCAUGCAGCAAGGGCUCCUGAUACCAGCCCCUGCCUGGGACCAGGGCAACAGGAAGGGGGGCCCUCGCGUGAGAGAACAACUUCACCUGCUGAAGCAACAGCUAAGACAUCUGCAGGAGCACAUCCUGCAGGCUGCAGAGCCCAGGGACACAGCUCAGGGCCUCGGAGGCUGUGGCAAGGGAAAAGGCCCUCUGAGCACAAAGCAGAGAAGUGACUGUGGGCCUCGCCCCUGGGCUUCGAACAGUGACCACCAGCAGAGUUCCAGCAAGGACAUCUCUGGGGCAGAAAAACACCGAGUGUCUGAGGCCAAAUACCAGACUGAGGAGCCCAGGUUCCUUCCUUCUGGAGCACCAGCUUCACUGGAGAUUCUGAGAAAAGAGCUGACCAGGGCAGUGUCCCAGGCUGUGGACUCGGUAUUACAAAAGGUACUACUGGAUCCGCCAGGCUGCCUAACUCAGCUGGGUAGUCAGGGGUGGGUGCCAGAGAGUAGAAGUGAGUCCUCACGUCCCAUGGCAGAGGCCUGUGAAAAUCCACUUGCUUUGGCUGCCUUGCCCAGGAGGGUUCAGCUACAAGCUGGAGUCCCAGUAGGAAACUUAUCAUUGGCCAAGACUCUAGAUUCUCCUGGGUACCCUAUCUCUCCAAGAAUGAUCCCCAAACCCUGUCAGGGUCCCCCAGCAAACUGUCCACUGACUGCACCUUCCCACAACCAGGAAAAUCAGAUUUGGAGCCAGCUACUGGGUCAUAGAUGCAACAAUGGCCAUUGGAGUAGCAGUCGUCCCCAGGACUCAUCUUCCCAGAGGCACCCCUCCUUGGAGCCUGCCCUACAACCUUGGAGAACUACCAAACUGCAACCACUGGUCCUGAGCCAACAGCAAUGUCCCCUGCCUUUCGCCUCUGCCCAUCUGGAAAGUCUGCCCCUUCUUCCCUCAGUGAAGAUGGAACAGGGAGGUCUGCAUGCUGUGACUGAGGCGCUGCCUUUCUCUUCAUUGCACAUCCAGGAGGGCCUAAACCCUGGUCACUUGAAGAAGGCCAAACUAAUGUUUUUCUUCACGAGAUAUCCCAGCUCCAAUCUCCUGAAGGCUUAUUUUCCUGAUGUUCAGUUCAACCGCUGCAUUACCUCCCAGAUGAUCAAGUGGUUCAGCAACUUUCGUGAGUUUUAUUACAUCCAAAUGGAAAAAUUUGCCCGGCAAGCAAUUUCAGAUGGUGUCACCAAUCCCAAAAUGCUGGUGGUUCUCCGCAAUUCAGAACUGUUUCGAGCUCUCAAUAUGCACUAUAAUAAGGGAAAUGACUUUGAGGUUCCAGAUUGCUUCUUGGAAAUCGCCAGCUUGACAUUACAGGAGUUCUUCAGGGCUGUCUCCGCAGGGAGAGAUUCAGAUCCUUCCUGGAAGAAACCCAUUUAUAAAAUUAUUUCGAAACUGGACAGUGACAUCCCAGAGAUAUUCAAAUCUUCCAGCUAUCCCCAGGAGCUGUUUCAGAGUUAAGAUCCCACAACGUGAGGAGUGACUGGCUAGUUCCUGGGCUUGUGUUAAAUGGCAGUUUAGCCAUAGUCAUAUAAAAAAGGGCACAAGGAAAACCCCUCUAGGAUUUAGGAAAAUAGGCACUAUUACCAUUUCGAUCAUUUAUUUCCUUUCCAGAAUCAGCAGAAAUUUAACUUUAACUAUAAAAUAUACUAGCUGUAUUAGUGUAUGGGUAGUAUAUUGUGAAAAGGAACACAAGUUUGGAAUCAGAAGACAUGAAUCUCAACUCCAUUGUUUCCAGGGAGUUGUGACCCUGGGAACUUCCUGGUGUCUCUCAUCUGUAAAAUGAGGUUGUUAAGGAUUAAAGGACAGUGUGUCCUAUGCAGUGUUAUUCACACACAAAUGUUUUUUGAACCCCACUUUCACAUAAGGUUAUCUUAUUUGGGGUUUUUACAAAUUGCUGUUUUUAGUCACCUACUUAUAAAGCACCACCUAUUUGCUAGAUACUUUCACAUACUUUAAGCUUCUCACCCUGUAAAGCAGUUACUACUAUCAUUAAAAAAUGACCACCAGAAGCUUUAGAACUGCAAGGUAACUCGCCAAAGCCUAUGAGGCUAGGACAUCUGGGUUGAUGGGACGGUCAGGAGCCUGGAGGAACCAAGACGUUCUGAUGCCUGACUGCAUGCUGGACCAUCUCCUGCUGCUAACUCAAGAUCUCAAACAGGACCCCAUCCCUAGUAAGCAUCCAGCAUUGGCAGGGCAUUGUCACCUGAAAACUCCUGCCUAAUACUUAGGAGCAAUUCACCACCCAAGAUUUCUGCUGAUCAUUUCAGCAAACCCAAGACAAACUUUCUGCAGGACUUGAGUGUUGUUGUCUAUUUACAUUUGUCUGCGGGAAGAGUUUAUCAGCUGGAUAAUGCAAUAGUCUCUAGUUGACCACUGCAAUUGAUGCCCCAACCUCAUAUUUGCAGAAGAAGCUGAACUUCAGACUGUGAAAGGCAGAAAGGGCCUUUGGAGAUCAUCUGGCCCACCCUGCUUAAAUUAGGAAGGAAGAAUCGAGGUCCAGACAGGAGGCUUGCACAGGCUGUGCACAGCCUUGCAGAUGCUAAAUGGCAUAACUGGGACAAAUGCAGCAUCACACAGCAAUGGAAAUUCUCCCACUCCAUAACAAAAUUACAGUCCAUGGCUGACCUUCCACUGAUGCAGGAAUUCAUGAAAUCAAUUUUCCUCCCUGCUGGCCCAACACAAAUUGUGACCCACUCUGAGCAUAUAGGCGAGACAUGUGCAAAGCUGAGUAACUGCAUCUGUCUUCUGAGCUAGUCAGGAUCAGUCUUUGUAUGCACUGCCAAAGGUACGCGGGGUGGGGUGGGGGUAACAGAUAGCUCAGGCUUUGUAGUCCUGAUAAGCGGUGUCUGUGAGUUCUUUAGCUUACUUCUUUCCUGUCUAUAUAAAACAAGUUUCCAUAUUCAGCUACUCAACUUCCAUGAUUUUUCUGGUGGGGUGCUAGCUGGAGCAGAUGAGAUAAAAUUCCUAAAGUAUUACUAGAUCUAUCAGCAUAAAAAGGUAUAAAAGAUGAAUUUUCCUUUGAAUUUUCUCUUACUUCAAACAGCUGAAAGGAAAAACAAAACAGACUUAGCUCAAACCCCUCUUUACAGGCUAUUUAAAGGUUAUUCUUAAGUGCCCUUCAAUAUAUCCAAUUGCACUCAGAAGAUCUUUGCCCUAUUUUCACAAAAAUGAAGGAACCUGCCAAACCUAGGUUUUAAACACAGGCAAGCAUGGAGUGCUCAGAGCAAGGACAAUCAGUGUUCUGUGUCUGGAGACAAUAGAAGAGCCCUCUAUCCAGAGUGACAUUACAUUCAGGGGAAACAAGUUCACAUGAUUGUCCAAUAGAGAGCAGCCCUUCUUCUAUCCCAAACCUGAAAUUCAUUAGUGUGUGUUUUAAAGACUGAGUCAAGUCACCGCCAGGGCAGUGAACCUUGUCUCAGGGACCAAUUAGAUGAAAUGUACAAGCUCAAAUUGAAAACAUUUGUGUAUGGCAGUCUUUCCAGGAAGUGUUCUCUAACCACUGAGCUAAACACAGAAGAAUGUAUAAAUAUAUAUGCUCUGCCAACAGAAUUCUAUUCUAUUAUAAUUUUCUGUUUCUACCAAGUGUGUAUCUCUCUGUUGGAAACACAUGGAAUGUAAGCUGAGUGGGUUAUUAUGUUCUUUUAGCAGUCACACUUUGCCAAAGAUCUGGUCAUUCUUUCCAUUAAGGUAUAUAAGGGUGCUAUGUUUUUAUUUGAGACAGGGUCUCCCUCUCUCACUCAGGCUGGAGCACAGUGCCAUGAUCACAGUAGCCUCGAUCUCCCAGGUUCAAGUGAUUCUCCUACCUCUGGCUCUCGAGUAGCUAGGACUACAGGCAUAUGUCACCAUGCCCAGCUAAUUUUUAAAAACUUUUCUGUAGAGACGGGGUUCUUGCUAUGUUGCCCAGGUUGGUCUUGAACUCCUGGGCUCAAACAAUUCUCCCACCUUAGCCUCCCAAAGUGCUAGAAUUAUAGGCAUGAGCCACCAUGCCCAGCCUUGGGUACUCUCUCCUAGAUUAGACAUGUUCAAAUAUUGCAUAAUUGUCCAAUUUCUCAAUGGUGGACAACAGGGUCUGCACUGUGGUUUAUGACGAUGGCAUUACUGAAGAGUUAAUGCCCAAUUAUCAAUGAAAAGCAAGCAGUUAAUUGGCAUCCCAGGCAGGAAAAUGUUCGUUAGGAACCUUUCUUUUUUUGGAAACAGAGUUUUGCUCUGUUGCCAAGGCUAGAGUGCAAUGGCAUGAUCUUGGUUCACUGUAACCUCCACCUCCUGUGUUCAAGCAAUUCUCCUGUCUCAGCCUUCCAAGUAGCUGGGAAUACAGGCAUGUGCCACCACACCCGGCUAAUUUUGUAUUUUUAGUAGAGAUGACUUUCACCAUGUUAGUCAGGCUGGUCUGGAACUCCUGACCUCAGGUGAUCUGCCUGCCUUGGCCUCUCAAGAUGCUGGGAUUAUAGGCACGAGCCACCAUGUCUGGCCAUUAGCAAGCUUUAUUUCAAACACUGUUUCAUAUAGUAUACAAAUCCCAAACCAGAUUCAAACGGUGAGAGGCUGAAGGCAUCUCCUGGGCAUAUAAAGGGUACCUAAACAAUUUUUUUCCAUCAGAGAAUGAGCAAAGCAUAAAUAGCAAACAGCACAAUGCUCUUUAAUAAAGCUCUACACUCAGCCCUCUUAUGGAGGCCCACUUUUAAAAUACUGUUUUUCCUUUCAAUGACAAAAUAUAGACUCCUCAGGAAAAAAAAAAAAUUAAUGUUGCACUUUCCUAACCUAAUCUUACAAGUGUUUUUGGAAAAUAUAAUGUUUGGCUGGGCAGAGUAGCUCAUGCCUGUAACCCCAGCACUUUGGUAGGCUGAAGUUGGAGGAUUGCUUGAGCCCAGGGGUUUGAGACCAGACUGGGCAAUGUGUUGAGGCCCCAUCUUUACCAAAAAAGAAAAUACAAAAAUUAGCCUGCAUAAUGGCGUGUGCCUGUAGUCCUGGCUACUUGGGAGGCUAAGGUGAAGAUCAUUUGGUCCUGGGAGGUUGAGGUUGCAAUGAGCCGGACUUUUAAAAGUCCUUACAGGCGGGGUAUGGUGGCUCACACCUGUAAUCCCAGAACUUUUGGGAGGCUGAGGUGGGCGGAUCACGAGGUCAAGAAAUUGAGAUCAUCCUGGGCAACAUGGUGAAACCCCAUCUCUGCUAAACAUACAAAAAUUAGCUAGGUGUGGUGACAUGUGCCUGUAGUCUGAGCUACUCGGGAGGCUGAGGCAGGAGAAUCACUUGAACCCAGGAGGCAGAGGCUGCAGUGAGUUGAGAUCGAGCCACUGCACUCCAGCCUGGCAAUAGAGUGAGACUGUCUCAAAAACAAAAAAACCUUACAAAAUUAGCCAAAAUUUUGGUAACCAGCAUUCUGAAGUCCUACAUAGUCUAGAUUUUCAUAAUAAUUGAUUCUAGUCCUUUUGUUUAUAGUUUUGAUCCUUAUGAUCUGUAAAGCAGAUCAUUAAUAUUUACAAUCAAAACAAAACAAAUUUUAAAAAUCUUUUGAUGUUUUUUCACAAACUGUUAAGUAUUUGCACAGAUUUCACAUAAAGCAAGAUCAUCAGACAAGAUAAUGAAAUACAGUCAUAGGCACAAAAGAGAUACUGAAUACCUAAAACAAUGUAACUCUUAUCAGGCUGAGGAUUAUACACAUCUCUAUUGAGUUCUGUACAAGCCUUAACUGCUUCAAGGAUUGAAGCUUUCAGGUUGAAGGAAAUGAACUUGUGACAAUAUGGAAAAUGUAAUGCUUCUCAUGAAAGUAUUGUAUAAAAUACUCUUGGUCAAAUUUACCACAAGUAUAAACACAUACACCUGUAAAGUAUGAGCUCAGAUGGUCACGUGAGAGUAUUAAUAAUGCAUGCUGUAUCUCUGAGGUAGAUCAUGGUAUGGUGUCUACAUUUACAAAUAGUUAUUAAGCACUCACCUGUGGAAGAAGAUGAUUCAUGAAAAGACUAUUUUUCAGGGUUAGACAAUUCCUAUAUACAAAUAAAAUGCUUUUUUUUUUUUUUUGAGAUGGAGUCUUGCUCUGUCACCCAGGGUGGAGUACAGCAAUGUGAUCUCGGCUCACUGCAACAUCCACCUUCCGGGUUCAAGCGAUUCUCGUGCCUCCGCCUCUCAAGUAGCUGGGAUUACAGGUGCACGCCACCAUGCCUUGCUAAUAUUUGUAUUUUUAGUAGAGACAGGGUCUUACCAUGUUGGCUAGUCCGGUCUUGAACUCCUGAGCUCAGGUGAUCUGCCAGUUGAAGUGCUGAGAUUACAGGUGUGAGCCACCACACCUGGCCUUCUUUUCAAUAAUCCUAAGUAGCAUAUAUAAUCAAGUGCCUAAGAGUUGAAUGCUCAGUCCUACUUAACAACAAAACAAAAAAGCAAAACAGACGCUAGCCUCCAGAGGAAGGGAGUGUCUGACGAAAUGUAGAAGGCAGGUGGGCGAUGAACACAGAAAAGGAGCAACCCCAAACCGCGCCAGUUUUCACGUCCGUCUCCGCACUACGGGUCUGCGUUUUCUUUCACCAAGAGUUUUUCAGGGUGAUUUUAUUUCUCAUGAUCUUCCCACUUCAUGCUCAAAAACUCUUGAUUUGCCAUUUCCAAUUCUCCAGUCACAUCUCACAAAAAAUGUCAGUUCCUUUUCUUCCCUGAGGAAAACCUUUUUCUUUCCCCAAUUUACUGAUUCCCGUGGCUCUGACUGCCAUGCUCUUGGUAACUGCUUCUGGACUGGAGAUUCAGCUGUCGGCAAGAAUGUUGUUCCUCCAGUUCCCCUUUCCCCACCUUUAUCCUCAGGUAUCUGACCUGACACUGCUUUCCCCCACCCCAUUUGCUUUCCACUUUAACCAAUACCUUUCCCAAGUCAAGUAGUUUGCUAGAUGCAUGGGCUUUGGGAAUGUGUAUUCAUCCUGGCUCAACCACCUAUCAGCUACGGAUCUCUCUAAAUUACUUACUCUUCCUGGCCUCAGCUUGGCCAUCUGUAAGACAGAAAUAAUAUAGCACCUACCUCAUAAUAUUGUUCUAAGGUUCGGGUAAAACAAUACAUGUGAAAUGCUCAGCACGCUUUUAAUGCAUAGUAUGUGCUCAGUAAAGGUUAGCUGUAUUACUGCUCAGCAGUCAUAAAUUGUUAUCAAGGUCAUGAAUUUGUACUGCUUCACAGUGAAAAAGAAUUCUUAGCUUAAAAACAUCACUGACGUUUAACACUGAUGCAAGCACAAAACUUAGGUUUAAACUAUGUUAAUAUAGUUUGAGAAGAAAACCCAGCUAAAAAGCUGUGUGCUAUAAAGUUUAUAUGCAUUUCCUCAUUUACUUUUUAAUUACAACCCCAUGUUGAUGUGUUUACUUGACAAGUGGCAUGACGACUAUUGCUGUUUCCCAGCUGGUUGCUCAGACACUGACCUGCUUUUGCCUUACACAAGGGAUACACUUUCUUUUGAGAUGGGGUCUUGCUCUGUCGCCCAGGCUGGAGUGCAGUGGCACGAUCUCAGCUCACUGCAACCUCUGCCUCCCAGGUUCAAGCGAUUCUCUUGCCUGAGACUCCUGAGUAGCUGGGACUACAGGUGCCUGCCACCACGCCUAGCUAAUUUUUUGUAUUUUUAGUAAAGAUGGGAUUUCAUCAUCUUGGUCAGGCUGGUCUUGAACUCUUGACCUCGUGACCCACCCAUCUCGGCCUCCCAAAGUGUUGGGAUUACAGGCGUAAGCCACCGUGCCCAGCCUACACUGCAUUUUUGACAUCCUCUUAAUUAAAAGUCCAGUGACUAAUGUGGUAUUUCUAAAAUUAUGCAAAUUGCAUCUCUAACCACUGUUUUUUGGGGCUGUAUCUAUGUCCAUUGAGUAGGCUAGUUUUGGCUUGAAUAUUUUCUUAACUUCUGUACAGUUAUUCAAAACAGCUCUGUAGCUGUUCCACUGGAUAAAAGGGGCUGGUUCAUUGCUUUCUUAACUGGGUGAGGGGUAGGAAGGUAAACAUUACUGAUACAAUCCUGGUUUUCUCCCCUCUUACCACUUAAAUCUAUAUUUAGGAUUACUUUUUCAUAAAGAUUAGGUGUUGUUUUUUUUUGGAUACAGGGUCUUGCUCUGUCACCCAGGCUGGAGUGCAGUGGCACGAUCUUGGGUCACUGCAACUGCCACCUUCUGAGCUCAAGGGAUCCUCCCACCUUAGUCUCCUACAGGCCAAGACUACAGGCACAUGCCACCAUGCCUGGCUAUUUCUUUUUAGAGAUGGGGGUCUCACCAUGUUGCCCAGUUUGGUGUGGAACUCCUGGGCUCAAGAGAUCCACCCACCUCAGCCUCCCAGCACUGGAAUUACAGGUGUGAGCCACCAUGCCCAGACUACUUUUUUUGACUGAAAGUAAUCCAGUCUCCCUUCUGGUUCUUUUCAUCGCUAGUCACUAAUGUUGAUUAUCUUCUCCUCUGAUCUUUCAUGAGUGUGGGCUGGUGAUUAUCAGAAUAUUUAAGGCUCUAAAUGUCUUCUGGCUAGUCUGUUUCUACAUUGUCUUUUUCGAAUCAAGCUUUAUGAGACAAUGGGACUGUCAACAUGAAGUUUUGCUGACUUCUUACUGUAUUAAAUUUCUAACAAAAAGACCACAAUUACAUCAGGCAGAAUACAUUUGUAAUAAAUAACCCAAAGCUGCUUUUGCUCAAGAUGACUAUCUUGGUGUUUAGACACUUCUUUCCACACAUCCCAUUACUUCAUCAGAGCUGAGCUUGCUGACUCUGAACUGAUUCAGAAUAAACUCCAGAAACUCUUAUUUCCUAUAGAAUUCUUGUCAAAAACGGUGACUCCAAAAAUAAUUUCUAAGGUAGACAGUGGGAUGUGGGUACAAGAGCAGAACACAAAUGAAAACUGUCAUGUCAGAUUGUGAUUUAUCAGCAAGUCCUGGGAACAGAAAAUUUAACAAAACUGGACUUCUUCAACAACUUAAUUGUGACACACUAGUUGCAAAGAUAAUUUAAAUCUUCAUGCCAUGUGAAUGUUAGACAUGAUUAUGUAUCCUUAAGCUCUGGAGACAGUAAUCACUGAAGAAAUGUGAGUGAGGCAGGGUGUGAUAGGUUGGCUCAAUGCUUAUAAUAUGCUAUUUAAAGUGACUGUUUCUUUCUUUCUUCUUCUUUUUUUUAAUUAUAAAGCCAUGUCUUUUCAAUUCAAACACAUCAGGGCAUUUCUCUGGGAGGCCAAUAGUCUUCUUACUGUUUUAGGACUAAAAAUGUACAAUGCCUAUUUACUGAGCAGGUCUCAAAUGUCCUAAUAUUUGGCAGAAAAAGAACUUCCUAGCAUUCGAUCAACUGCUGUUGUGCCAGAAUUGGUAGGUUUGUCCAAAAAUUAAGAUCAGUAACAGAUUCCUAUGCUCUGGAGAGUAUACUUCUCAUUUUACUCCCUUCAUAUAAAGCAAGUGACCAUGCUUUAACUACUCAAAAGCAUAGUUACUGAGAAAAGCACCAAUAAUGAUCUCAUGAAACAAAAAAAAGACUAAAAAGCCACUUUAUGUUGCAAAAGCUAUGCUACUUACCUCCUUAAAGCAGUAGUCCCCAACAAUAUAAAGUCCUGAAGUUAAGUCAUGAUGGGACUACAAGCAAAGUGACUCAUUCGAUACUCAUUCUCUUAACAGUUCUUCAAAUUCCCACAUGGAGUUCUGAAUCUUGAUUAUGGGAGUGGUGAUUACAUGAAGCUACAUGAGAUAAAAUUGCACAGAACCAACCACACACACACCCACCACCCCACACAAACACAGAGUACAUGAAGCGAGAUAAAACUGCCACAGAACCAAACACACACACACACACACACACACACCCAUGCUUGUAAAACUGUAAAAGCUGAAUAAACUCUGUGGAGUGUAUCAACAUCAAUUUCUUGGCUUUUAAAGGUUUUGACACACAUUUCUCAUUGUAUAAGAUGUUACCAUUGGGGAUGGCUGGUUGAAGAAUACACCAGGACUUCUCUGCACAUUUUUUCCUGCAAUUUCCUAUGAAUCUGUAACUAUUUCAAAAUAAAAAAAUUUUUUAAAUGAGAAAUAAAAAAUUUGGGAGAAAAGUUCUACUGAAAGAGUGCAUUUAUAAGCACACUUAUGCCACAAAUAGAGAUUAUCUUAGGCAUCAAAGCAGAUUAAUUUAAAGAGAUCCAUUCUAGCUUAUUGAAAAUAGCAAUUCUCAUUUUGUUGGGAUUUGUUCCAUUUUGUACGUGAAAACUAGAACUAUGAACUAGUUCUGCUCUCCUUAAAAUCAGAAAGGAGAAGCCAGAGAAAAAUAAUUUAUUCCCAUUGCACUUCUUUUCUCCCAUCUACAACCUCCUCCAUAAACCAAAUUUCUCCUGUAAGCUUUCAAGUUUAAAUAACAUUGUACCACGACUCAUGUCUGUCUAUUGUGAGGAAACUUCACAAUUGCAAAGGCCUAGUAUUGUUUUCAGGCCCACGGGCAAACAUAUGUUUUAGAUUAAAAGGCAUUUUAAAUCUUGGCUUUAUUUGCUCCCAAGAAGCCAGAUUUUCCCUGUGCCUAAGCUGUUCCUUGGCGAUCAAGCACUUUUGAAAACUGCAUUAACUCUUUCAGGCUAGGUGGAUUUUCUUUUGCACAUUUAAAGAAUUUUAUUAACAAGUAUCUUUCCAACAACUAUCUUCCACACCUGCAAAGUUAACCAACAGACCAGGGCCUUCAAACAUUUUGCUUAAUGAACCUAUCAUCAGCUAGAGGUGAAAUAAAAUUUAAAAUCCCCUUUAACCCACCAGUUCCCAAAGUUGGCUACAUAUUAGAAUGAUCUGGUAGCCUUUUAAAAAAUUACCAAUGGCUGGGUUCCAUUCCUAGAUUCUGAUUUAAUUGCUAUGAAGUGUAGCCUGAGCUUUCGGAGUUUUAAAAGCUCCCCAGGUCAAAGCUACCACUUGAGUGCACAACUCUUCACACUUUUCAUAUUUCAUAAUUCUUCCAAAAAUCCAUACAUAAAGAAAGGAGUAAUCAUCUACUCAAGUGCUUAUGGAAUCUAAGCACUCAUUCCACCAGAACCUUACCAAUCCAGGAGUUAAGGCCUCCAGUGUCAGUCAAAAGCCUUCCCUCUGACCCUGAAAAUAAAACACUGGGAAUGCUGCCUUUCAGGUCUAAUAGAGGCCCUGCCAAUGCACUCAGUUUCACAUCUAGUGAAAACAGAAGGCUCAGGUGAGAAACAGAAAAUCCUCAAAGUAUGUUCUUUUAAUAAAAGCUUUAAUACCUAAACUAAUAAACGAGAUCCUAUUAAGAAAAGUGAGUGUUCCAGACUUUUUUUUUUUGAAACAGGCAUAAAGCCAAAAACUGUAUUUUCCAGGAUCAAACUUGUUUGAAAAGAAGAGGUAUGAUGUAAGAAAAUAUUUUCACAGCACCACUGGAUCCAGUUGCCAUAAUUCCAAAUGGAGCAGAGAAUGACUUGGAAAAAAGAACUUCAUGAUUAAAGAUUAUUUUCUCAAUUGACAUUUUACCUUCCCCAAGAUUAAAAUAGCACCUAUUCCAGAAGCAUAUUGUUUAUGAACUAUCACUACUGCUUAGAACCUAUCUUGCUCAUCCAUAUCAAUUCCAAAUCUAGACUCAAAAGGCAGAAUUUAAAUGAGGGCAGCAUACAAAACUGGAAUUUUAAAAUAAUGAGAAAAAAAAGUUUUUUGAAACAUCCUACUUUAAAUUAAGACUGUUUCUAAAACACACAUGCAGAUAAUUAUUAGAACAGAAAAGGAGAAAUGGUUUCCCUGGGGUCAAUUUAAUUCUCCUGUAUUUUCCCCAGGGAAAUUUUGAAAAAUAAGCCUGCAAAAGGCAUUUACAAGGAUGUUCAAUGCAACAUUGGUAUGACAGUGAAAAACUCACAAAAAAAGGAAAAAGUAAUCCAUUAUACAUAUAUCGCAGAAUAUACACAAACAUGUAUGCAUAUAUAUUUAUCUCUAUUUAUAUAUACAUGCAUGUGUGUGUGUAUCUAAGACAUAGUGGGUCUGCAGAACAAUAUUA